AUGACAUUUUUUGGUCGAAAGAAGGGACAAGACGAAGAAGGUAUUGAGAAUAGCUCGGGUUCCGGGCACAAAAGAAGUGUGUCCACUGCGUCAACAAUGCAAACCCUUCCAAAACGUCGCAUAAACGUGAAUACUCCACUUCCACAAACCGAUUUAGAUCAGUAUGGAGAACCAAAAGCACGAUAUGCUGCGAAUAAAAUUCGAACCUCAAAAUAUACCUUAUUAACCUUUUUACCAAAAAAUCUUUUUGAACAAUUCCGUAGAGUAGCGAAUAUGUAUUUCCUUUUUUUAGUUGUCCUACAGUUAUUUCCAAUGAUUGGAGGUGACGUUCAACCUUUUUUAUCUGCAACACCACUUAUUUCCAUUAUCACAAUGACAGCUUUUAAAGAUGCUUUUGAAGAUUGGAAACGUCAUUCACAGGAUAAUUCCUUAAAUAAAUCAAAAACAAUUCGUUUAGACAAUUGGAACAAUGUUAAUGUACCAACGGGGCAAAAUACUCGAAAAAUAUUUUUGAGUGAAGGUUUAGAAGAAUCUGAUGCGAAAUGGGUUGAAAGUCGUUGGCAGGAUGUAAAAGUUGGUGAUUUUAUUAAAUUAAAGAACAAUGAUUCUGUUCCUGCUGAUAUGAUAAUUUUAUCAACAAGCGAACCGGAUGGUCUUUGUUAUGUGGAAACAAAAGAACUUGAUGGGGAGACAAAUCUUAAAAUUCGUCAUGGCGUUCCUUCUACUGCUUAUUUGAAAUCAGAAACCGAUUGUGAACGUGUUUCUUUUUAUGUGGAAUCAGAACCACCUCAUGCGAAUUUAUAUUCUUAUACUGGUGUAUUACAUUGGUCUGAUCAACCGGGAGCCGAAAAUAAUCAAAAAGUAGAACCAAUAUCCAUUAAUGACGUAAUAUUGAGAGGCUGUGUAUUGCGUAAUACUGAAUGGGCAAUAUGUUUGGUGAUUUUUACUGGCACAGAUACAAAAAUCAUGUUGAAUUCUGGAGACACUCCCAGUUCUGCCAUUGCUGAUUCGGUUUACUAUCUUGAACCUAAAAGUUCUGCAGACUUUUUUGAAGGAGGUGGUGGUAAUGCUGAAACUGCACAUGCAAGUGGUUUUAUAACCUUUUGGGUGAGCUUAAUCUUAUUUCAAAAUAUUGUACCAAUCUCCUUAUAUAUUACAAUUGAAAUGGUAAAGACGGUUCAGGCGUAUUUUAUCUACGCUGAUGUUGAUUUGUAUUAUGAGAAACUUGAUUAUCCAUGUACCCCAAAAACUUGGAAUAUAUCUGAUGAUUUAGGUCAAAUUGAAUAUAUAUUUUCGGAUAAAACUGGAACUUUAACUCAAAAUGUUAUGGAAUUCCGUAAGUGCACGAUUAACGGAAUAUCUUAUGGGUUAGGUGAAACUGAUACUACACGCGGUGCCAAGCUUGCAGAUAAUUAUCAAAAGCCGGAUUCUAAAGAUGAUGUUGAUCUUGAAGCGGAGAAACAAUUAAUGUUAACUGAAAUGGCCAAAUUAUUUGAUAAUCGUUACAUUUCAUCAAAUCUUACAUUUAUUGAUUCGAAAUUUUAUCGAGAUUUGAAAGCAGAAGAUAAACAAUCCAAAUCUAUAAAGGACUUCUUUUCCGCUCUUGCUCUUUGUCAUACCGUUCUUGUAGAACAUCCUGAUGAAAAUAAUCCUUUCAACCUUGAAUAUAAAGCACAAUCUCCUGAUGAAGCAGCCCUUGUUGGUUGUGCUAGAGAUGCAGGUUUCGCCUUUCUUGAACGUUAUCAAGAUACUUUAAUUAUAGAGAUCUUGGGUGAACGUAAAGAAUUCACCUUGUUAAAUGUGUUAGAAUUUAACAGCACGCGUAAAAGAAUGUCCGUCAUUUUAAGACCUCCUGAAGGUGGUGUUGUCUUGUUAUGCAAAGGUGCUGACAGUGUGGUUUAUGAACGGCUUGAAAAAGAUCGUCAAAUAAAGCUAAGGGAGGAAACUUUGUCUGAUUUAGAAGUAUUCGCCAAUGAAGGUCUUCGUACACUUUGUAUUGCUUAUCGUGUCAUACCAGAUGAGGAAUACAACGUAUGGGCUAAAAAAUAUGCAGAGGCUGCUUCAAGUAUCAAUGACCGUGAGGAAAAAAUUGAGCAAGCCUGUGAAAUGAUUGAACAUUCUUUAACUUUGAUGGGUGGUACUGCAAUUGAAGAUCGUCUUCAGGAAGGUGUUCCUGAAUGUAUAGCCACUUUAGCUAAAGCGGGAAUUAAAAUUUGGGUUCUUACCGGUGACAAGACGGAGACUGCCAUUAAUAUUGGUUUUGCUUGUAACUUAUUACAGAAAGACAUGCUUUUAAUAGUUAUUACAGCAUCCGAUAAACAAAGUGCACAACGUCAAUUAGAUGAAGCUCUAAAGAAAUUUUUUGGGCCUAACCUUGAAAAUAAAAGUAGUAAACAUGCUCUUAUCAUUGAUGGUGAAACUCUCAAAUACGCUUUGGAUAAGAAUAUUAAACCCAUAUUUUUAGAUCUUGGUAAGAGAUGUCAAAGUGUCGUUUGUUGUCGGGUUAGUCCUUUACAAAAGGCUAAAGUCGUCAGUAUGGUAAAAGAGGGAUUAAAUGUUAUGACUUUAUCUAUUGGAGAUGAGGCAAAUAUCGGUGUGGGUAUUGCCGGAGAAGAAGGGCGUCAAGCUACGAUGGCUGCAGAUUACGCCUUUGCUCAAUUUAAAUUUUUGGAAAAACUUUUAUUAGUUCAUGGUCGAUGGUCUUAUAUUAGAAUUGCUGAAAUGAUUUCGUGUUUCUUUUACAAGAACAUAGUUUGGACAAUUGCAAUGUUUUGGUAUCAGAUUUGGGCAGGUUUUUCAGCGCAGUAUCUUUAUGAUUAUACAUACAUUAUGCUUUAUAAUCUUGUGUUCACCGCAUUCCCUGUAAUGUUUCUUGGUGCAUUUGAUCAAGACGUUGAUGCUAAAAUCUCGUUGAAAUAUCCACAAUUGUACAAACGUGGAAUCUUGCAAGAAGAUUUUACAAAAUCUAAAUUUUGGCUUUAUGUCGUGGAUGCUAUUUAUCAAUCGGCUGUUUGUUUCUUUGUACCUUUUGGACUAUUUCAAUAUGGUGCUUCACACGCAACAGGAUUAACAAAUAAUGGAUUGGAUGAUUUAGGUACUUUGGUAGCGGGAGCUGUUGUAGUUACAACGAAUUUAUAUGUUGGGAUAAACAUCAUGAAUUGGACGUGGUUAGCAUUUGUAGUUAUUUGUAUAAGUAUUCUAUCAUUUUAUGUAUGGGUUGAAUUUUAUUCCAUUUGGGCUUCUAUUGGAUUUUUCCGAAUGGAUUUAAUAUUAUUUUCAGAAUUAGAUUUUUGGUUAGGAAUACUUUUGGCAGUUUUUAUAAGCAUUUUACCACGGUUCACGGUAAAAUACCUUCACAAAUCAUAUUAUCCUACUGAUACAGAUAUAAUUCGUGAAAAGGUUAAAUUAUCUAAACAAAGGCGUGAUUUUGUGGAACAAGAAGAUGAUAAAAUACCCAUAACAAGCUCAGUACGUCCUUUAGGUACCGAUUCGUUCAAUACAAGUUACGCAACGUUAUCUGACACUUCAUUAAGUGAUCAAUCAAUUACAAAAGAACGUGAGGCACCAAAAUUACAGAGAAUUACGACACUUCAAAAGGGAAGAACCGCAUCAAUAAGAGCCGAAGAACAACUUUAUCACAUGCAAUCAGGAAAGCGUCAAUCAUUUACAGGAUUUGCAUUUUCUAGCGAAGAAAGUUCAUUUGAAAAAUUUAGAACAUCAGUAUAUCGUCCAACGCAAGCUCGAAAACCCUCACAUUACCGAUCAAAUACCAUAACGACUGUAAAUAAUAAUAGAUCAUCACUUUUAUCAACUCAUUCUUUAAAUCGCAGUCAAACAUUACCAAGUACUUUAUUUCGUGUCUCUCCAAGUCCUAGUCGAUCAACAUCACCAAAUAGAUCGAUCAGCGAUAGAUCACAGAGAUCUGGUGAUGAUAGACGAUUAAGAGGUGAAGGGGAAGAAUAA